AUUUUACGGAAAAACUCCUCGUGGAAAAAUGUUUUAAAACAAAAGCAGAAUUCUUAAAGUAAUGUUUCUUGAAUUUGUAUCUAAUUCAAUACAAUUCAAAAGAUGGCAGUGGACGUGGAAGCGUCGCCGAAUAUAACACAAACGCUCUCCAGCCUCCUUCAGGAAAUGUUUAUAGCUACCGACGAUGCAGACAAUAAUCGGUCGACUGUCGAUCUAUCCCAGUUUCUUUCCGCUCUGAGAGUACAAACCCGGAAUACCACACACGAACAUCUGGAUUUUGGAGCAAUAGUUAAGUUGGUAGAUGGGUUGAGGAAUAAGCUGAAUCUGACUAAAUCUUCAGAAAUUUCCUGCAAUUACUGUUCCGGCAGCUUCCGCGAUGUCGUACUGGCAUAUAACGGCUUGCAUGGAUACUUUAGCCUGCUUGUUUGUGUCUUUGGUAGCCUGGCGAACGCCCUGAACGUGGCGGUGCUGACGCGGCGCGACCUGGCCGCGGCGCCCAUCAACCGGCUGCUCAAGUGGCUGGCCGUGGCCGACGUGUUCGUCAUGCUCGAGUACGUGCCCUUCGCCGUCUACAGGUAUCUGGUUUUACCGGGGCAACGGGAAAUGCCGUACAAGUGGGCGGCGUACCUUCUGUUCCACAUGCAUUUCGCACAAAUCUUCCACACGGCUUCCAUAUGCCUCACGUUGUCCCUCGCUAUGUGGAGAUAUGUCGCUAUCAAGUAUUCGGACAUGAGUCACAUUUUGUGCACAGAGAGGCGAUGCAGCACAGCCAUACUAAGCAGUUUUAUUUUACCGCCUAUACUUUGUAUUCCGACAUAUAUGGUGUUUGACAUCCAUACGGCUGUGGUACUGGAGCCGACGGGUCCCAUGGUUCUAUACCAUGUUGACGCCGAUCAAGAAGGAAAACUGUAUCAGAUCAACUUUUGGGUGCACGCAGUGGUCAUCAAAUUGCUACCUUGUUGCAUCUUGACAGUGAUCAGUCUAUGGUUGAUACGUGAAGUAUACAGAGCGAACCAGCACCAAAAAAAAGUUAGAGUUUAUUCGGCAUGUCCGACUAAUAGUAAGAUGAUGAAGAGGCAGUACAAGGCAGAUAAGCGGACAGAUAGGACGACCAAGAUGCUGGUAGCGGUUUUGUUGCUGUUCCUGGUGACAGAAGUUCCGCAGGGUAUUUUGGGAUUGCUAAGCGGUGUGCUGGGGCGCUGCUUCUUCAAGCGCUGCUACGACCUGUUCGGCGAGCUGAUGGACGCGCUGGCGCUUCUGAACGGAGCCAUCAACUUCGUGCUGUACUGCUCGAUGUCGCGCCAGUUCCGCAUGACGUUCGGCCAGCUCAUGUGGCGCGCACAUCUGCACCACUGGCCACCACCAACCGCGUCACACUCCGAUGGCCAAACAACAGCCAAAACUUCGGUUCCGUGAGGGAAGAUCGUACAAGAGAAACGAGCAAACAUCUUGCAACAAUUUCUGUAAAUAUUUCAUUAGUCUUUAUAAAGCUAGUC